AAAAAAAAUAAUUACCUCUUUUUUCUUUUUUUUUUUUUUUCAUAAACUUUCUUUUUUUUUUUACUUUACUUUCUAUCUAAUACCCCCCCCUUCCUCUCCCCCCCCCCCUUUGUAAAAUGAAAUCAACGUAAGAAACUAGGAAAAAAAAAAGUAACGGUACACAAUGAUUUUCUGACAAAAAAAAAUGAUUAUUUUAGUUGCCAGACAAAGGAAAUUGUGUAUUUGAAUCGUGUACAACAGUCUUCCGUCACCAAAAAAUCUAGUUUAACAGACAUCAAGGCUAUCGCAAAGACCUUAAAAAGUCGUCUAUCGCAUCUCUCUAAACGAUUCGUGCAACCGUCUGUCAACAACAACACUUCUCAUCCUCAUCCUCAUCAUAAUAAAUAUGUAUCCAUGGAAACUUUGUCCAAGUUGUCAUCUGCUGAUUGGUCAAUACCACCACCACCACUCUCCUCCACCACCACCACCAGUACCACCACCACCACCUCUACAACACCAUCCACACCAUCCACACCAAAAAGAAGAAAACCCGUCUUACAUCAUUUGGAUUUACUCAAGCGUUAUCUGACCUUUGUUGCCUCUGAGGCUCAGAUAGACCUUCAUCAUCCUAACCAAAUCGAAUUCACUUUUACCAACAAUCACGAACUUCUUCAACCUCAAUCCACCCUCGAUCAUGCUUCACGAUUAGGUGCUACCUUAAUUGAAAUGGCUGUUCAUGAUCCUCUAGAAAAGAUUCAACCACCCAAAGUUCUAAAUGGGGCAAGCCGUCGUCGUCCAGGCAGACCACCCAAAGAGAUAACGACAGCACCGAUGAUGAUGAAAAAGAAGGAUACGAUUCAAUGUAUAUGUACUUCCUCACGACAAGAAUUUGGUGUGAUGGUACAAUGUGAUGAUUGCUGUCAUUGGUUACAUUUAGAGUGUCUUGCAUUGGAUGAAAAGGCAUUAGCAGAAACCUUUCGUUGUCCAAGGUGUUUUAUUCAAAUGGAUGAUGAUCAUAGUCUUAAAUUACUUUCUACUGUCACAUGGCGUUAUGCCGCUCGACAUCAAAGCAAAGUAUUGGCUUCUCUUAAUCACCAUACGCAUCCUGAAGAAGAAGAAGAAGAGGAGGAGGAUGAAUAUGAUGAAAUGUCUUCUUUGGGUAUGGAUGAUGUUUCCUCUAUUAUUUCAUCGGCUGACACUUACGACGAAUCACAAUUAAUAUUUGACGAAGGAGAUUCUGAUUGGCCCAGCAGCAUCAGUAGUAGUAGCAGCAGCAGCAGCAGCAGCAGCAGCAGCAGUUCUAAUUCUAGUAGUAGUUGCAGUGAAGCGGGUACACCCUCUGAAUACCAUUUUGGAGGUGAUGAUCAUUGGUUUGUUCCGCCUAGUUCUGCUAACGUCUUUCUUUGGAAUAACAACACGACUCUAUUCAAUCAUCCUCCUUAUUGUACUUCUUCCUCUCUUUCAUUGUCCUUGACACCCGAUGUUGAACCUUCUGCUGUUUGUGCACAAGAACUUCCAGAGUUUAACUUUUGGGAGACUUCUUUUUAAAAAAGGCAACUUUUUUUUAACUUCUCAACUUUUGUAUCAUAUUUCGCCCUCUUUAAAAAAAACAAAAAAAAAAUUCCUCCUUUGUAUAUUUUUUCAACCCCCCUGUUCUCUUUUUUCUACACUCACACAUGCACACACACACACACACAAAAAAAAUCCCCCCCCCCUUUAACCCCCUUUUUUUUUUUCCACUUUUUUUUUUUUUUUGUUCGCUCUCCAAAAAAAAAAAA